AUGAAGAUUCGGCUGCAACCAUCCGCAGGAUCCGAACCGAACCGCAGCCUGGAAGCACAGGCGGGCGAGUGGGCGGUAACUCCCAGGCCGGAUGUGACGCACGGCGGGGCGGGGCCGCGCACGCCGGAAGCCCAGCAAGCGACGAAGAUGGCGGAGAGCUGCGGUCGCACCGGCAAGAGCAGCGGUAGCGGCGCGGGGAAAGGGGCGGUGUCGGCAGAGCAGGUGAUCGCUGGCUUCAACCGCCUUCGACAGGAGCAGCGGGGGCUGGCGUCCAAAGCCGCUGAGCUGGAGAUGGAGUUGAACGAGCACAGCCUGGUGAUCGACACCCUGAAGGAGGUGGACGAGGCCCGCAAGUGCUACCGCAUGGUGGGAGGCGUGCUGGUGGAGCGGACGGUCAAAGAGGUGCUGCCGGCCCUGGAGAGCAACAAGGAGCAGAUACAGAAGAUCAUUGAGGCACUCACACAGCAGCUUCAGGCAAAGGGAAGAGAAUUAAAUGAAUUCCGGGAAAAGCACAACAUUCGUCUGGUGGGGGAAGAUGAGAAGCCGGCAGCCAAGGAGAGCUCGGAAGGGGCCGGGGCUAAGUCCAGCUCAGCGGGAGUGUUGGUCUCCUAGGGACCAAGGCCUUUGCGUUUUUUUCUACCCUGACUCCCACUUCUCCUAAUUUCUCUUUAUUGUUAUUAUUAUUAUUUUCUCUGCUAUUGUAAUAUUUUUUUGUUAAUUAAAUGUUUUGGUCAGAA